AUGUCAAUCGAUUCAAUCCCCCGAGAUCUUCGUGGUCUCCGUGCUUGUCUUUUAUGCUCACUCGUCAAAAGUAUCGAACAAUUCGAGGAUGCUGGCUGUGACAAUUGCGAGGGUUUUCUGCAUUUAAAGGGUGAUACAAGUAAAGUAUUGGAUUGUACGAGUUCGAAUUUUGAUGGAAUGAUCGCCGCAUUGGAUCCCGAAGGUUCAUGGGUAUGCAAAUGGCAGAAGAUCAACCGCAAGUGUAAGGGUAUUUAUGCAGUUUCUGUUUCUGGAUCUCUUCCAGCUGGUGUGGUGGCUGAAUUGAAAUCGAUGGGUGUUCAAUAUCGACCAAAGAUGAGGGACACAACUGUGAAA